GAUUUUUGGAUCGACCGAAUUUGACUUGAUUUACCGAAUUUGACCAAAUUUGAUUUGAUUUUCCGAAGAUCGUUUCGGAAUCGUAAAUGAAUCGAAAAUGGCCAAACAAUAUCAAUGUGAAUAUUGUCAACGAUCAUUUCGUGAUACCAGAAAAGAUCGUCAAAAACAUCGAAAAAGUCAAGAACAUUUACGAAAAAAAUUUGAAUAUGAAUUUUAUUUAUUAAAAUGUUUGGCGGAAAAAUUUGGCUGGAAAAAUUUACAAUCAAUAUUCAACGGUGAAGAUCUGAAUUGUUUACAGGAAGUAUUGAGCAAAACGAAUGGUUGUAAAUAUCAUUUCGAAACAGAUAAAUCGACCAUUUCCACUUUGACGACUCGAUGCCGAUAUGGUUUACAUUGUAAACAUUCUCAUCAAUUUGAUGAUCAACAAAUCCAUCAUUAUCGUCAUUAUUUUCUGAAUAUUCUUAGCCGAAAAUCCAUUCAGAAUCAAUUGAAACAACCGGAACAACAAAUGGUUGAUUGGUCAAACAAAUCAAUCAUUUCGAAAAAUCAAUUAAGAAAAGAAUUACUGCUGAAUAUUUGGCUCGAAAAAAGAUUCAAAUUCGAUCCGGAUAAACGAAUUGAUUUGAUAAUUGGAUUGAUUUAACACUUUCGCUACCAUCGUUUGAGUAACACCAAAAAAAAAAAAUUUAACCAAAUUUUUUUUUCAAUAAAUUUUUUUAUUUAUAAAAUCGAAAUAAUAAUAAUAAACAGAUUUUUUUUUAAACCA